AUGUAUGCAUUUAUCUAUCUAUCUAUCUAUCUAUCUAUCUAUCUAUCUAUCUAUCUAUCUAUCUCAGGCUGUUCAUUAUCUAUCUAUCUAUCUAUCUAUUUUUGCCUUUUCAUAUCUAUGUAUGUCAGUUUUUUUAUGUCUAUCUAUCUAUCUAUCUAUCUAUCUAUCUAUCUAUCUCAGGCUGUUCAUUAUCUAUCUAUCUAUCUAUCUAUCUAUCUAUCUUUGCCUUUUCAUAUCUAUGUAUGUCAGUCUUUUUAUGUAUAUCUAUCUAUCUAUCUAUCUAUCUAUCUAUCUAUGUCAGGCUGUUCAUUGUCUAUCUAUCUAUCUAUCUAUCUAUCUAUCUAUCUAUCUAUCUAUAUUUGCCUUUUCAUAUCUAUGUAUGUCAGUUUUUUUAUGUCUAUCUAUCUAUCUAUCUAUCUUUGCCUUUUCAUAUCUAUGUAUGUCAGUUUUUUUAUGUCUAUCUAUCUAUCUAUCUAUCUAUCUAUCUAUCUAUCUAUCUAUCUCAGGCUGUUCAUUAUCUAUCUAUCUAUUCAUCUAUCUAUCUAUCUAUCUAUCUAUCUAUCUAUCUAUCUAUCCCCGUCUGAUAAGUUUCUAUCUAUCCAUCUAUCUCAGUCUGUUAAGUAUCUAUCUUAG